CCAACUGGUUGGUUCACAGGAUAAUUUCCUUGUUACCGAGUCGGAAGGUUUGGUAAUGCUCACUUCAUUACAGCAGUGAGAAGACCCAGGUAAUUUACUCCACUUUGAUCCAUGAUUCAUCAUAAAUUUCUGUAACUUAUUGAUCAUAUCAAUAGGAAAGGUACUAUUUUACUAUCAUCAGGUAUGGGUUAAAAUCGUUAGUGAAUAUGUUGAGUACUCUCACCUCUCAGUGUUCACUAAUGUUAGUCAAAACAAAACUACUGAUUGGCUACUACCUCUAAUUUACCAUUGUUAUACAUGACAAAUUAUUUAACUUUAUUUAACAAUAGUUUUCUAGGAAUGGCCUCUGCGACAUCGUGGUCUGAGGAGGACUUCUCCUGUUCCAUCCGUCUGGAUGUGUUCAACAGCCCAGUUACCACACUAUGUGGACACAACUUCUGCAGAGCCUGUAUUACAGUGUUCUGGGAUGACAUAGUCCAGUUCAAAUGUCCUGUCUGCAACGAGCUGUUCCACAUAAGACCUGUUUUACGGGUUAAUACCUUCAUAUCAGGGAUGGUUGAUCAGUUUAGAAGUUCUGUACGAGUCGAAGAGCAGCCUUGCGUUGAACCCGGAGAAGUUUCUUGUGACGUCUGUACUGGGACCCAGCUGAAGGCUGUGAAGUCCUGCCUGGUGUGUUAUACCUCUUACUGCCAGACCCACCUGGAGCCACAUCAGAGAGUUCCCCGUCUGAAGACACAUCAGCUGGUCGACCCUUUGGACAGUCUGGAAGACAGGAUGUGUUAGAAACACGGCCGACUCCUGGAGCUCUUCUGUCAGACUGACCAGGUGCAUGUGUGUGUUUUUUGCACAGUGACAGACCACAAGUCCCAUCCUGUUGUACCUCUGAAGGAGGAAUAUGAAGUGAAGACAGCCCAGCUGGGCAAGAUAGAGGCCGAAGUACAGCAGAUGAUCAAGGAGAGACAACGAAAGAUUAAAGGCAUCAUAGACACGAUGGACCACAGCAAAGCAGACGCAGACAGAGAGAUAGCCGAUGGUGUGCAGGUCCUCACUGCUCUGAGGCGCUCUGUUGAAAAAUGUCUGGAUGAUCGCAACAAAACGGUUCAAGAGAAUCUGAAAUCCACAGAGAAAGAAGCUGAAGGCCUCAUCAAAGAGCUGGAGCAGGAAAUAAAAGAUCUGACCAAUAGAAGCUCAGAGGUGAAGCAGUUCACCCAAACUGAAGACCACCUCCACCUCCUCCAGACCUUCAGAUCCCUGAAGGAUCCUCCACCCACCAGGGACUGGACCACGGUGGAGGUCCGUCCUCCGUCAUACGUUGGGACCUUGAGGAGAGCCCUGGAUCAGCUGGAGGAGACACUGAACAUGGAGAUGAAGAAGGUGCCUGACCUGAGAUCAGCUCGACACAAGUAUGCCUGUGACCUCACCCUGGACCCCAACACGGCCUUCAGACGACUCUCUCUGUCUGAGGACAACAGGAAGGUGACGUGGGGUGGAGGGGUCCAGUCGUAUCCGGAUCACCCAGACAGAUUUGACCACUGGGACCUACCCCCACCCCCACCUCCUCCCGGGGGUGGGGGUAGGGUGGGGGGGGGUCCUCAGACUCUCUGUGUCGGUUGUAGAAAAAAAAAAAACGCCCACCCAAAUUAUUAAUACAACAACAAAUGUUUUUCCGAUAUUAUUCUUGGACCUCCUCCCUGGGUUUUC